CGGGUGGCGGCGGCCCAGGGGGUGUGAAGUCCUCGCCCGCCCCGCGGCCGUGCUAUGGCGGCCAUGGGGCAGCACGGACCCCCAGGGCCAGGCAAGGCACGGCUGUCCCCGCCGGGAACGGGAGGCCCCAGCCCUCUCCGGCAGCGGCAAAGCUCCGGUUCCCGAGGGAGCGUCGAGACAGACCCGCUUUUGUCUGCGGCCUGGCGUAAUCUCCGCGGACGGCAGCCAGAGCCGCCGGGCUGGGGCGGGCCGCCCGCGGAGCAGCCAAAUCCCAAUCAGAUGAGGAGCUCGGUCUGCAGCUUUGCCCCGCUCUGUGGGCUGUAGCCGUGGGGAAGCAGCGAGCAAGUGCUGCAGUCGUGAGCUGUCGGGAGGUAUGACACCAAAGCGCAAGGUAAUCGCCCUGUCGUUUGAUUUAGUAGCUGAAAGCUACGGCUCGCGCGUGACUAACGUGUGUGUUUUCUGCUCUGACUUAAAAGAAGAAGGUGCAUGUGCCGUGGUAUUAAACAUGGGAAAGCUCCCCGUAGCUACUGUAAGGCUUUAUGAAAGUUGGACGUUUCUGUCAUAAAAAAGGCGUGAACCAUUGAGAAGAAUCCCAAUGGCUAGAGAUGGAAGACGAAAAUCUGUGUUUGAAUACAAUAAUAACUUAAUUUCUUUGGCACCUUUUAUUCCUGUAGUGUAGUUUACUAAAUUUUGCAAAGGAAAUCAAAUUCAGCCCAUACUAAGAAUGGAGUACCAGCCCCUGCUGAGAGGGUCUAGCACGCACAGCAAGGUAAGCAGAACUGUCUUGGCCUCUGAAGAUGGAUCCUGCAGAGAGUUUGUAGCUUUAACAGUGAUGCACAAAUGUGAAAUUCUCUGAUGGUUUCAUGUUUACUUUUAAAUAAAAAUACAUUAGAUUGUAAAGUUUUGUAUUUUCCUUAGCUAGCAGUGUCAUAAAAUGGAAGCUGUAAAAACACAUUUUCUGAUUCUUAUGUUUUACAUUGAAUGUAAAUUGAAUUUUGUUUGUGGCAUGUUUCUGAAAUGAGGUGAAAGUCCUUACAAACUGUCAGGAGUUAAGUAGCUUACAGAGCAUAUAAGGCUGUUGUCUGUGCUCUAAGAAAUCAGGGCCCAAACUCCAAUGUGACACAACACAUGAAUGUAAUGAGCAGUCUGAUUUGGGCAGGAAGAAGAAUGGAGCUCUCACAACAAAAUGUAAGUUACGUGAUGUAUGUUAAUGAUUCUGUGGGGUUUUUUGUUAGUUUGUUUUCUGUCUCGUCUAGAUUCUAGGUUGUACCCAUGAGACACACAAAAUACCUUGACAGUAUUUGGUUAAUAGGAAGGUCUGAGUGUGCGGUGCCUAUAUUUACCACCUCUACAUUUAUUUUUACUACUGUACUCACUACAGCCCUUAUUUAUUACUCUUAAUUCAUUGCUUUGCAUUCAGAGAAACACUUUUUAUUCUCAGGAAACCGCAAGAAACUAUUAAUUGGAUUUUAAUAAGAUCAAUUUCAACUUCUUCUGAAUUUCAGUCCUGAAUGAAGUAGGUUUUUAUGAGUUAUCUUCAGGAAAGACACAGCUCUUUCAGAAUACAGUAUAGCACCUGGAAUAACUCAAUAUUUAUGGGAAAUGGUCCAAGAAUGAGAAUGAUGAAGAACUAGUCUAUAUACCUUACAAUGAGAAAUUAAGGGAGUACCAGCUUAUCAAAAAAAUUAUGUACAGUCUUUAUGAAGGAAGAGGAAAUUUGAUCACAGAAGUGCCUUUAAUAUAGGAGAUAUUCUUGUGUACAGCUGAAGUUAGACAAAAAGAUACUAUGAGAUGAAAUUAGGACCUGAUUUUUAAUGAAAGGGUUGUUAAACAUUUCAACUGGAUGUUAGUUUUAGUAUCGUAUUCAAUAAAAAGGAGAGUCAAGAAACAUCACAUCCGAAAACCAGAUACUGUAUAAACCUCUCGAGGUCUUCUCUCACCCAGAGGCCUCAUCCAAAGUAUAAUGUUUUAUGACCAAUUAGACUCUCUAGAGAUUAGAAUGUAUCAUAAUGGUGGCUUCUAUUGACCUUAAAACCUAUGAGUCUGUGAAGAUAUUAAUUUAGUUCCUAAAUACUGAUUUAGGAUUGUAACUAGGUAAUAUUGAAAAAUUAAAAAAUAUAUGCUAAUAAACUUUAGAUUGAAUACCAUUAUCAGUGAACAAUAUGUUGUGAUUUAAGAUACUGAGGUUUACCACCUGCUAACUUGCAGACAUCCAGUAAUCAACUUAGGGACUUGCUCAGGGAAAUAAAAUAAUUGUUAUUUCUCACAUCUCAGAUGAAAUGUGAGUCAUAGAAAUUGGGAUUUGGUUAAUUCUUAUACUGAGUCAUUGUGCCUCUAACACCAAACAUAAACAGUCCUAACAUUCUUUCAUAAAAAAUAGGCACCGUGAGCAGUGUGGUUCAUGCAAAAAGCACUUACACAGUUCAGUAAAUAUGCCAUCAGCAGUGCAAUGGUUGUGUUGCCCACACUUAAUCGGUAUACUUAGAAUUGUUGCAUCUCUGAAAGAUGUUACUGAUUGUGGCCAAAGCCAGGGUGAAAUGUUUCUCCGGCUGCAGGUGUUUGAGAGUUUAUGUAGUUUUCUAAACAAAUACUUUCACUGUUCAAAACUAAAUGCAUGAUAUAUUUCACUGUGAUUUUCUCCUAGAUAUUACAUGCCUGUGGGUUUGAGGCCCUAUCUCUUUUCAUGCCUAUUACUCUUUUCUGUUCUCUAGUUACCCAGCUGGACCUUGUUUCUGGCUGUUUGUGCUGUUGGAAUUGGAGGGACCUUUCAGUAUGGGUAUAAUGUUUCCAUUAUCAAUGCACCCACCCAGGUUUGAACUAUUGCCGUGUGUCCUAUCACUGGAUAACAGGAAGAAAGGAUAGUUGCAGUUGUCCAUCGCAAGGCAGCUUACCAAGAAGGAUCUUCACUUAGCCAAAAAGUUGCAUCUCUAGUGUCUGAGUAUCUCAUAGGUAUUUUUACCUACUUGUUACUUUUGCAUUCAUUGCCAUGCCCUUGAGGAUUCUGCAUAUUUUGUGGAUGACUCGAGGAUCUGAGCAAAUGGUCUUGUGAAAGUAAUGGGUAUCAUUUUCUGCUGUCAGCUGAUUUAUUUUCUUGUGAAACUGUGAAGACUCUAUUUGCUACAACAUUAUAUGCUUUUUACAAAGGUUAAAAUAAGCUGUUUGUGAGUGAACAUGUAAUAUGCUGGAAACAGAGGGAGAGUUCAGGAAGUUCAUUCUUCUGUUAAGUCAUUGUUUGCUGGCUAAGAACAAGAGCCUGUGAUUACAGAUAUAUGUCAGUUCAAGAGUUUCUAAAGACAUGUUUUAGGAAACCAACCAUUUGGAAUAACAGUUUAAAAGUUCGUCAAUACUGUAAGAAAGGCAGAGGAAUAUUAGAGUUGCGGAAAGGGAUUUUACUAUGAAUUGUAGGAUUACACUAAGGCAGGAAGAUUUAAACCAAGUGCCAGAAUCAGUCUCCUGACAUUAAAAUUUGUUAGGUUACAUGAGACCUCUGUGCUCUGAGAUGUUCCUAAAAAACAGUAGGACCUACCCAUCCCCCCUGUCCCCCCCUUCAUUCAGGAGGACCUCAAAGCUCUUUCGUAGCAGUAUAUGGAAAGGUGGCUUUUCCUCUAGUGGAAUACAGCCUCUCCUGAGAUAUAGUACAAAAGCAAAGCUGCUCAGCAGUCUUUUAGAUGUAUGGGGAGUAGGAAAUGGUAUUGUGGUCAAGGAAGAUUCUGCUAGUCAUUGGUGGUUUUAGUAUAAUACAACUAAGAUAUCUUUUGUUAGUUCCCAGAAUUGUUUUUCAGGAUUGAGGUGCAAGUUAUUUAUAGUCCUGCGCUGUAGGGCUACACACAAUGCUAUACAUUCAUAAUUCUUUUCUACUGCAGCAUAUACACAAGUUCUUAAAUGAAACCUGGACUAGUCGUUAUCACAAGGAACUAAAUCCAGAUUUGCUGACUUUUCUUUGGUCUGUCAUUGCCUCUAUAUUUUCACUUGGAGGCCUGUGUGGAGCCCUUAUUGGAGGCAGCAUGGCAAUUCGGCUAGGCAGGAAAGGAGCUCUUUUGAUGAAUAAUAUUAUAGCAAUACUGGCCUGCAUUUUAAUGGGGAUCAGUUUUCCAACAGGAUUGUUUGAGUUACUGAUCAUUGGAAGGUUUUUGAUUGGCAUAAAUUCAGGUAUUGGGAUCUGUGUGCAGCCUCUGUAUAUUGGGGAGAUUGCCCCAAAACAUCUUAGAGGUGGCAUGGCCAUGGGCACUUCCAUCUUUCUGACUGGGGGGAUUCUGACAGGACAAAUAAUUGGUUUGAGGGAGUUAUUAGGUGGAGAAACGUAUUGGCCUCUGUUGCUAUCCAGCAGCUGUUUCCCAGCAUUUGCCCAACUUUUAUUCCUGCCGUGGUUUCCUGAAAGUCCCAGAUACCUUCUUAUUGACAGAGGUGAUGAGCUGAGCUGUGCCAAAGCUUUGAAGCGAUUUCAUGGUUCUUCAGAGUAUCAAAGGGAGAUGGAAGACAUACAGCGGGAACGUUUUGCCUUAGAUGGGGAGAAACCCAAGAAGCCCUGGCAAUUAUUCACCGACCGUGGUGUGAGAUGGCAGCUCAUUACUGUGAUUGUGAUGACUAUGGGCCAACAGCUCAGUGGGAUAAAUGCUAUUUAUUUCUAUGCAACUUACAUUUUUGAACAAGCUGGGAUCUCAGCAGAAAAAAUCCCCUAUGUGACACUUGGCACUGGAGCUUGCGAAUGCCUCACAGCCCUCACCUGUGGUUUACUGAUAGACUACGUGGGAAGAAGAUACCUCGUCAUUGGGGGUUAUCUCCUUAUGACCCUUUGGAGCAUUGUUUUAACAUUCUCUCUGACUUACCAGGAACUGUACUCAUGGGUGCCUUAUGUGAGCAUGACAUCUAUAUUUGCCUUCAUCUUGAGCUUUGGGCUGGGACCAGGUGGCAUAACAAAUACCCUGACAGCUGAACUAUUUAUACAGUCUUCACGUCCUGCUGCUUACAUGAUAGGAGGAACUACUAGUUGGAUUAGUUUUUUCACAAUUGGAAUGCUCUUUCCCUUCAUAGUGAAUGAACUGAAGCAGUAUUGUUUUCUGGUGUUCUUACUGGAGUGCUCCUUAGUUGCUGCUUUCAUCUUCCUUGUAAUUCCUGAAACAAAAAACAAAUCUUUUCUGGAAAUCAAAAAGGAAUUUCACAAGCUUAAUUUUGGAAGAAAUACCGAAAAAAAGGACACAGAGCUUUAUGAAAGACGACAACUCCGUGAUGAAUUUUAAAAAAAAUUCUGUGUAAUUUCACAGCUGUAACAGAACUUUAAUGAGAAUUAUGAACAGCAUCUUCUAAAUUAGCAUUGUAAUACCAUGAACAGGUAGCUUAUUAAAUCUUCCUGUAUAUUUAGAGGAAGUUUAAUUAAAGGCAAGUUAAUCUUUCUGAAAUGCUGUUAAAACAUAUAUUGCUGAAAUGUGAUUAAAAACAUAUAUAGAAGUUUUGAUGUUUAGACACAACUUGAUGUUGCAAGGAUGCAGAAAUACCAGGAGGGUGUUCAAUGAAUUCCUCCCCCUGGCAGACUUCUUCAGAUAAUUCAGUAGCUCAUCUUUUAUUUCUAAGCCUCUUGUUCAGAUUUGGGUAGUCAAGCAUGUCUUACUGCUUUACUGAAUAAGAUAUUCUGAGGUGUUAAAACCCAAACAAGAACUGACCUACUGAAAAACCAAUACUUCAAAUAUUCUAGUUUAUAUGUAAAUUGGGGUAUUUGGUUGCUGUUUUUCACUUAAAAAACUUCUUUGAAAGAUUUAAGGACAUUCCUCAUGUGGUCCUAUUACUGUAACUGUACAGCACCUAUCUGAAUUACUGUUAUUUGUAAUAAAGUUUAUUACAAAUACUUGUUUCCUAAAAGGGUACUAAUAAAACAGUUUCUGGCA